AUGGUGGUCCGUGUUCCUCCGAUAGUGCAUCUUGAGAUUGGUGUGGAGUUCACGGAAUGUGACUUGGUGUCCGAUGGGACGACCACUAACCGGGAUCCAGAUCAGAACGAAGCAGCCCAUGAGCCAAAACUCUUGCAGUUUUCCUAUGAGGAACAGUAUCGUUCAUUCCUGGAGGGUCUUUCGCGUGAUUCUGACCCAGACGGAUUGUUCGGUGAGUCGGUUGACCGAAUACCGCCGGAUGGAAAGGAGGGUGUCUAUCCCAAGGUGACCAAGGAAGCGAUCAAAUCGACGAUGGGAGAAGAGGGUGCCUCUCCUAAGGCUGGUCUCAAGAUUGCCAAAUGGUCUCUCGAAAUACUCGUCCUUAGCAUUUUGGAAUUAAGUGCUUUUCGCAAGGGAAAGACCCAGCUGCUCACGUGCAUCAGCAUGCAAAACAGCUCCCAAACGUUGGCUGAGCGUAUACAAAUCACAACGCAUGGGGUUCGAUCAGACGAUGAUUAUUGGAGGACUGUAUUUGGUGUGCAAAGUGCGGUGGAUGAGAGACUAGUUCCCAGAGAGGAAGGCCAUGAUUAUUGUCUGAUUGAGCCAUUGUCUGCGGAAGAUGUCGAUCGUGCCAUGCGGAAUGCCGGAAGUACGGUUCCAGGACUAGAUAAGGUGUCGGUGGCGGACUUCAAAUCCUUGGAAUUGACGGUUAUUGCACAGUUGUUCAAUCUUAUGAUGGUGCUUGAAUGCCAUACUGCAUCUCUUGCGACAGCACGGCUGACGUUGGUGCCCAAGGCGUCGGUCCCCAGCACGCCAUCAGAUUAUCGCCCGGUCGCAGUUUCUUCGAUUCUGCUGCGGGCCUUACACAAAGUUUUGGCAAAAAGACGGAGGUCGCGUUUGACGCUGUCUUCAUUUCAAGUCGAGUUUCAAAAGCGGGAUGGGUGUCUUGAGGCCUCAUAUGUCCUACAGUGCGUAUUGAGAAGGGUUCAGUUCGACUGCCUGAAUGCGGCAAACGCCAAAGCGUUCGACACCGUGUCAGGUGACAAUAUCAUACGAGCCGCAGCAGCACAUCGAGUCCCGCCAGAGCUUCAGCUUUAUUUGCGUUCGUUAUACACUCCUCAAAGUGGCUUCUUGGCAACGAAGUGUUGGAUUGUCACAGAAGUGUGA